GUGCGUAUGAUAUUCACCAAUACCCCCGUAGUGGUAAUGAUUCACGGUGCCAUUUGGCCAUGGCAGGACUGUACGUGAUCAGGGAAGGUCUUAAGGCAGACAAUCACCAUAAAAGUGAUGCGCGCUUCAUCUAACCAACCAGGUGCACAAAAGUAUCCUGAAACCAGUUACCCAAGGUGGUUCAGAAGGAUAGGAUGCUCCUCUGGGUCCCCUUGUCAAUGCAUGGGAACAAUGAAGUGGCAACCAACGCCAACACUAUUCCCCUCGAAGGAGUGGGAUUUUGGAGGGGUUACAUAUUGAAACACAAGAAUAGUGAGGGGUUGAUAUACUUCUCAGUUUACAAGUCUUGUUUGGCAAUUUUUUCUUUCUUUCUUUUCCCACUCAAGCACCUCUGAGAAUACACAGCGUACAUAAUAGAGAGAGAGAUUAAUUUCCACCGCUGCUUGUUCGUCAAAAAUGCCUAACAAGACCGAGUUGUACAAGCUCCGCCCUCUGGGCUGGGAGAACGACGCGGAGGAGGAGCGGAUACACACCACCUCGCUGGACUACCUCGCAGCCAUGACGUACAACUCGUACGCCAUCUACUUCAAGCUCGAAGACAGUCAGCGGCCCAAGGUGGUCGAGGCGCUCAAGGCUGGCCUUGAGAGGACCCUCUCCCAGUGCCGGCACCUCGUGGGCAGGAUGGAGAAGAACGACGACGAUGAUGACCACUCGUUCGUCAAGAGGAAGGAUGACACGGUCGACCUUAUGGUCGAGUACUGGGAUGAGGCUGCCGACGUGCCGUCCUUUGAAGAGCUUGAAAAGGUCCAUUUCGCGACCAAGAACCUUGGUGAUACUGUUCGAUUUAGCACUCCCGGUAUGGAGUAUGGAGAGAAGCCAGAGUGCCAUCCUGACAACAAACCCGUCCUGGCAGCCUUCAAGGCCAACUUUAUACGCGGAGGGCUCAUGUUCGUCAUGAACCACCACCACUACUGCCAAGACAUCAUGGGCUGGGUCUGGUGCGCGCGUCAGCUGGCGGGCAACUGCGCAGCGGCCAUGAACGGCACGGCCCCUCCCCCCUGGGACCCGGCCGCCAUAACGGACGGCAAGCGCUUCACGGCCAACGUCGCAUCGGCGCAAAAGGUGGACGGACCGAAGCCUCCGGAGCGUCACCCGGACCUCAAACCAUCGUCUUGUCUGCUCUUCCACCUGCCCAAGAGCAAAGCCGAGGAGCUCAAGAAGCUGGCCAUGCCCACGGACCCGUCCAAGCAGUGGAUCUCGACGUACGACGCCUUCACGGCGCUGCUGUGGCGCCUCCUGACCAAGCAUCGACGGGUGCUGUACGGCGCCAAGGACGAGGACGCGCCGCUGCUGGCCGAGGCCAUCAACUUCCGCCUCAACGGCCGGCUGAACCCUCCCGUGGCGGAAAAGUACCAGCGCAACCUCUUCUUCGCCGCCGCGUCGGCGAGCCUGCCGGAGCAGCUGACCACGGCCCAGGUGGCCGAGACGGCGCCGCUGUACGAGCUCGCCGCCAAGAUCCGGGCCAUGACGCAGAGCAUGACGCAGCAGGCGCUCGAGGCCACGCUGGCGCAGUUGGCCGUCGUCCGCGACAAGACGUGCCUCUUCACGCGCGUCAACUCGUUCCCGCCCUUGACUAUAGUCACCACCGACUGGCGCGAGGCCGUCCUCGACAGCUACGACUUUGGGUUCGGAUGCCCCCACGCCUACCGCCACCUGUUCCCGGUCGUCACGGAGAAUCUGCUCCUCAUCUUCCCGCCUCGGACCAAGGGGCCACUGGGUGAGGAUGAAGGGCCCGAGUUUGCCUUGUCCAUCGAGAAUGAGAUUGUCGAUGCGUUCUUGAAGGACCCCAAGUUCAAGAAGUACUUUGAGUUUAGGGGCUUUGAGCUCGAGAGCAAAUGAACAGGAAACUCGGAAUGAUCAGGUACAGAACUUGUUAUAGGGAGGAGGGUCUUGGCCUUCAUUGGGCUAUAAUUGUACGUUCACGAUGGUCUAUAACGAAUCCCUUAUAUGUAAUACGAUAUAUUCUACCCGUACCCUUGCAGAAAGUGCAGAAAGCUUGCGGUUUGUGCAGCCGAUUAAUGCUUGAAUCACUCACACAUCUCAAGAGAAGCA